GCAUUAAAUACAAUGCCAGCAAAGCUCGAUGAUACUUAUGACCAGGCCAUGGAGAGAAUCAAACAGCAACCUCACCGAAGGCUUGCCCUGCAGGCUCUGACUUGGAUAGUGUACGCCGUUAGACCUCUUCAAGUUAAUGAAAUCCGACAUGCCAUAGCUAUUGAUGAACUGGAACCCGAUGAUCGAUCCAUAUCAGAAGAUAUGCUCACACUACCAGAACUGAUUGUCAACGCUUGUGCGGGGAUGAUUAAAAUCGAUGAAGAAAGCAAUGUCAUUGGCUUGGUGCAUAAAACUACACAAGAAUACUUCGACCGAUAUGGCGCCAAACAUUUCCCAGAUGCACAGUGGAAGAUAGGAAAAGGAUGUCUUACAUAUUUAUCCCUUGAUGUGUUUAGU